GGCGGCGGUCCCUCCACCCACCGCGGCAGCCGAGCCGAGCCGAGCCGGGGCGGCGGAGGCUUGGCGCGCCCUGCGAGCGGAGGCUGCGGGAGGCGCGGCAGCCCCUCCGGCCGGGAGAGGGGGGAACUCCGCGGGAGGAGCCGGCCGGCAGCGAGGAAGCCCAGCCCUUCGCCACCUGCUGCUCGCGCUGCAGCCCCGGAUCGGACGGGCUGGCGGGGCGCUCGGAGGUCUCUGGGCAUCUCCGCCCGGGAAGGCUCCGUCGCCGCGAUGGAGCGCCCGCGGGUGCCCGCCGCGACCAGCGCCGCCUUCCCGGCGCUCCUGGAGUGGGUUGGUGGUUUCCAAGGUUCAGCAGCAUCUGUGGGCCUGCCAGGGUCUUCUUCCCUGGGGCCAUGUCUUCCUCCGAUGAAGAGACGCUCAGCGAGAGGUCCUACCGCAGUGAGCGUUCCUGCAAGAGCGAACGGUCCUACCGCAGUGAGCGGUCUGGCAGUCUCUCUCCUUGCCCGCCAGGGGACACUUUGCCCUGGAACUUACCUCUCCAUGAGCAGAAGAAGCGGAAGAGUCAAGACUCCGUUCUGGAUCCAGCAGAGAGAGCUGUGGUCAGAGUAGCUGGAGCAACAAUGCCUUUCUGCAUUUCCUGCGCCUGGCACAGUCCGUGCAUUUCUUCAUGGAUCCACGAGCAAAUCUGAACAGUGGACGUUCUCAGAUUGCGCAGUGAUGCAGGUUUGAAAGGGAGACCCUGAUGGAGAGCUUCUGACACCAGGGAGGGAAUACACUCCCACCUGCAUCCCAGGAGGAGACUGUCGUGUCCCACUCCUCCGCUGACGGCCGGGUCAGGGAAAUCCGAAUCAGGUGUGCCUCUGCAGCUCUGCCAAAGUCCUAGCAAAGUCCUCAGGGCAGGCAGGAGACCAGAAAGUGACUUCAGCAAGAUAUGUUUAGACUUUGCCUGACUCAGAGAAUGCCAGAAAGCAGAUCGUUUAUAUAGGCCAUGGGAUGUGGCUCCAUGACUCAGCACUUAUCCAGGCCUGCCCCUCCCUUCCUUCUGUUGCCUCCACCUAUCAAGUCUUCUGACGCGAGGGUCACUCCAGUCGGCAGCUGUUGGUAAUUGACCUCCCUCAGGCUCACAUGCUGUGGAGGAGGGGGAGGGGUCUAGUUGCUCCGUUUGCCUGGGCAUGGAGCCAGAGCUGGGGGCUGGAGGUAUUUCUUCCUCUUCAGCCUGUCUGGGCAUGGAGCCAGGGCUGGGGCCGGGAGGCAUACUAGAACAUUCCUCCGUGUUCGGAAGCAGAUAAGAAGACCCCGGCUGAGGUGAGAUCGGACGAGACACAACAGAGACAUUGCUGCUUUAGCAAUUUUGCAGCGAUGAGCUUGGGCUUCUAGGAAACCCUGACAGGCUCCCCUGCCCCAGAAAGACCCCCCCCCACAAGUGUUGUGGUCCAUCAGCCGCCUACGGUGCUGGUGGCGGAACUUGACAGUGAUGAGGCGGAGGCGAGGCCAGGGCCAUCGAGAAAUGGGGUGUGGACUCCAGAGCCUCCAGGGUCUGAAAGUAGUGAGAGUGAGGUGCAAACUCCAGAGUCUCUAGAGGCCGAGAGUAGCGAGGAGGAGGAGAAGCUGGGAGAGCCUGUCCCUAAUGCCCGAAUGAGAAGAGCUGCCAAGAGCUGCCCUCGGGGGCAGGGCCAAGAGAUAAUUGUCUCCUCCCAUAAGGUUUAAAAGGAGACCGGCAUCGGUGUCUCAGUUUGCCGGAAAACAACGUUGGAGCUGCGCUCGUCCCAUUCUCUGCUCUGGAUGUUUCUCUG